AAUAAUUUUUAUGUUGUCUAAACCGGAAGUUGUUGUGUGUUGUCAUAAGACACGUUAGUGGCUGGCUGCUGUUAAGGGGGAGGAGAAGUUGAAGAAAUUAUUUUGGGACACCGUUUCACUAAGGUGGCUAGCAUUAAAAAAGCACGACUCACGUUACGUUUUAAUUUAUUCAUGCGGAAUUUUACCAUACGUUUCCUGUCUAAAGUCGCGGUGCUGUAGAGGCGCUAGCUAGCUAACGAAGCUAAUAGAAGUCACCAACUUUAGCUACACACAACUAAAGUGUCGCUUAAUAUGUUGUCCAUGGACUAACCACGCCAGGUAAAAGCUUGCCUAGUUCUCUUUAUGUUUGUUUCGUGUGUGCGCUAUGAGUGCUUCAGCUGGGGACACGGAGCCCGGAAUCCCGAAGGAUGAUACCCAAGAAAGAAACACCAUCUCUCCAGCCGACGACAGUAAGCAAGACUCAGCUAUAUGUUCAAGCAGCAGUGAAAUCAAGAGCCGGGCUGUUGUCAAGUACUGUGCAGCCCCACCUCCAAGCACAUAUGCCCUGCUGCAGGAGAAGACUGACCUGAAGCUGCCACCUGCCAACUGGCUGAGAGAGAACUCCCAGCUGGGCAGUGCAGGCACCACCGUGUUGGGCUCCAGCAGCAAAAGCAAGCCAUUUUCAAGUUUCGGUAUGGCGUAUGAUUUUAUUGACUGCAUCGGGGACGACGUAGAUGUUGUAUCAGACUCAGAGAACAUCAAGAAGCUCUUGAAAAUCCCUUACAGCAAGUCCCAUGUCAGCAUGGCCGUCCACCGCGUGGGUCGCACCCUUCUUCUGGAUGAGCUGGACAUUCAAGAGCUCUUCAUGAGAUCCUCUCAGACAGGAGACUGGACUUGGUUGAAAGACUUUUAUCAGCGGCUGAUGGACCAGAAGUGGCAGAGGAAAAAGAAGAGCAAAGAGCAUUGGUAUCAGAAAGCAAUCCUGUCCAAGUUCCUCUACUACAGUAUUAAUGGCGACUGUGCCGCCGAGCCUGUGGAGGACAACUUGAACGACGGUGACGAGGACUGCGGCGCACAGGAGUUCAGCUCUUCGUGGCCCACCACCUUCACCAGCUCGGACACAGAGGAAGAGUCUGCUGCUUGUAAACAGGAAAGUGUCCCCAUGGACAGCAAGUAUGCUCUGGGCCAGGUGACAGCGGUACCACAAGAGCAAAACCUGCCAGCGCUUUUUAACGAAGGCGAGAACAGCCAAGGUUUGAGGAACGACUUUGUGCGAAACAUCAUGUGGACCUUUGAGGACAUCCACAUGUUGGUUGGCUCCAACAUGCCGAUAUUCGGAGGGGGGCGCUAUCCAGCAGUCAGCCUUAAACUCAGGGACAACAAUAAACCGAUCAAUAUCCUAACAGGUAUUGACUAUUGGCUGGACAAUCUGAUGUGUAACGUUCCAGAACUCGUCAUGUGUUUUCACGUCAACGGCAUAGUUCAGAAAUACGAGAUGAUAAAAACGGAGGACAUCCCCCAUCUGGAGAACUCUACUUUUUCCACGAGGGUGGUGAAAGACAUCGCACAGAACAUCCUCUCGUUCCUCAAGUCCAACUGCACCAAAGAGGGUCACACCUACUGGCUUUUUAAAGCUAGUGGCAGCGACAUUGUCAAGCUUUAUGAUCUUACAACGCUGUGCGAGGAGGCCGAAGAGGAGAAAAGCCACAAUCCCUUCACGCUUCCUGUGGCUGUGUUACUUUACAAAGUGGCAUGCAACCUGAUGCUCAAGGCCAGUGAAAACAGAAAGCACUACGGCACAAUACGAACUCUACUUUUAAACUGCGUCAAGCUUCUGGACCAGGACAGGCAUCCCCAGAUCAUCGCCUCGGCCCACUACAUGUUGUCAGAGCUCUUCCAGCUGGAUGAACCUCAGGAAGACGACGACGGGGGCGAGUCGAUCAGGGCUUGCGGCUCAGAGGACAGCUACAGUAAUGACGGCCGCGAGGAAGACGAGGACCUGGAGGAGGACAGCGAUGACAGCGGCUCAGGCAGUAACAGCCCUCAGGACGACAGUAAAGCCGUGGCUGUCAUCCGCUCUGUCGGAGAGCUAUCUGUCCCGGAGAAAUACAAAUCCACUCAGCUGAUCCGACCUGGUUGUGCGUUCCCGGUUUCACAAGACAAAGAGGAGCGAUGCAGACACGUCCUAAACUACGUAUUAAAGGGACUGAAGGCAGUGGAUGGGAGCAUCAAAAAAGAGAGCGAUCUCCCGGCGGUGGAUCCCAACAUUCCCAUUCCUCUCAAGUAUGAGGACCGAAGUGCCGGCAGAGGCAACGCUGCAGAGAAAGGCGUCUCUCCUCUCCUCGAAAGAGUAGGACCCUAUCAGGCCGACCAGAAGCACCCAACACGCUCGGGGAUGAUUCCCGGCACCUGGCAGCACCAAAUGAAGCUGCAGCUCUUCCUCAAGGCCUCCAAGGCGUACUACGUCUUGUCCGACGCGGCCACCAACCUGCUGAAAUACGGCCGAGCCUUGCGCUACAUCAAGCUGUCUCUGCAGUGUUACGAUGCCUAUUGUUGCAUCGGCGGCGCUCUCCACCCGCACGUGCUCAUGUUCCACAGCCAGUGCCUCUCUCUGUGCGGGGACAUCCAGCUGAUGUUGGCCCAGAACGCCAACAUCAGGGCGGCUUACCAAGAGGAGUACAGCUACCAAACCAAAGAGGACCAGGAGAUCCUGCACAGUCUGCACCGGGAGAGCAGCUGCCAAGGUCAGCCGUUGGAUGCUCGUAGCUUCCCGACCGUUACUCACGUUUGCCCUCCCUCAGCCUUCAACAUGGCGACAGACCUGGCCAUGGACCCCGAGUAUCAGCUGUUUGUCAGCAGCAAGUGCUACGAGGCCGCCUACGAGCUGCUCGUCUCGCACACUUUGAAAGACGACGCCUCCGAUCAGCUGGCUCAGGUGCUCAAACGUCUGGGAAACAUCCGCAACGAGAUGGGAGUCUACUACAUGAACCAGUCGGCCGCAUUGCAGACCGAGAAAGCGAAGACCUUGGUGUCGGUCGCCGAGCAGGAGAUGUGGAAAAAGAGUUUUGCCUUUUUCGAGAAAGGCAUGAAGGACUUCGAGGCCAUCGGGGACAGCACCAACAAGGCUUUGCUGCUGUGCAACACCGGCAAGCUGAUGAGAAUCUGCGCUCAGGCUCACUCUGGUGUCCCUGCCGAUGACAGCAGGGGGGAGUUCUCCCCCGAAGAGGCUCUCUACUACCACAAGGCUAUAGACUACUAUCUGCGGGCCAUGAGGUCGCUGUCAUGCAGGGAGAACCACCAGGCCGUGUGGGACAGCGUCAACUGGGAACUGUCCACUACUUACUUCACUCUGGCUACCCUCCUGCAAGACUAUGCCCCGCUCUCCAGGAAGGCUCCGGAGCAGAUCGAGCGGGAGGUGACGGAGUCCAUGAUGAAGUCGUUGAAGUACUGCGACCUGCAGACCGAGUCGGCACGCCAGCCGCUGUACCAGUACAGGGCGGCCACCAUCCACCACCGCCUGGCCUCCAUGUACCACAGCUGUUUCCGCAACCAGGUCGGAGAUGAGCGCCUAAGGAAGCACCAUCGCAGCCUGGCCGAGCUCCACUACAGCAAGGCCGUCUAUUUGUUCCUCAGCCUCAAAGACGCGCCCUGCGAGCUGCUCCGCGCGCUCCUGGAGCGGGUGGCCUUCGCCGAGUUCACCAUGGCGGCUCAGAACAGCAGCGCCGCGAAGCAGAAGAGCCUGACUGCGGCUCUGGACAUCAUGGCGGAGACCCGUUUUGCUUUCCAGAUGAUUCAUGCGGAAAUCCUGGAGGAGCAGAGAGAGGGAAGCCAGGCAGAUAUUUUACCGUCUUCUCCUGCUGCAUCCGACUCAUCGACAUCAGGACUGAACCUCCAGGAAGUGAUGAAGCUGAUUGUUCUGUUCGAGUCACGCUUCUCCGACCUGCUCCUGCAGCUAAUAAAACUCAUGGCUAAAACCAAACGGAAACCCAGCAAAAGCGACGAGGAGCUUCUGAGAACCUACAAGAACAUUUACUCCAAGCUGCUACGCUGCGACAAAAACACGCCGCUCCUCGCCAGAGUCCAGCUGUACGCUGAGCUCCUGCAGCUGCUGGCGCCGCAAACUGGAAGAGACGACAACACCGAUAUGGCGUGACAUCAGUAAACGCAUCACGACGAUUUCUAAAUGAACUGGUUGCUUUGAUGCCAGGAAAAGCUUUUUAUAUUUUUGAUAUGCAGAGCUUCCCCAUUGAUGCUGGAAACAAUUAAAAGUGUCUUUUUUGACAUUUCAACAGUGCAAUUGUGUAAAUUUUGUUAUAUAGUACGGCCGUGUUUGCUGUGACAUUGAAAUAAAAAAAAAAACAUGCACCUUU